AUGUUAUCACUGCUUUGUUGCUUAAAGCUAGAAAAAAUAUUCAACAACGUUUUAUUGAAGUUGUUUGAAUUAUCACUAUUUAAUCAUCACUUAUUCUAAUUAAUAUUUAAUUUUUUCAACUUAAUUAUUUACAUCAUUCACAUUGAUUGACGAACCAUUGUUGGAUGAAAUUAUUUAACUCGAGCAAGUUUUAAGGUCAAAGCCCAUAACCUUGAAUACAAUUCACUAGGUUCACAAUUUUUUUCUCACUAUUUUUGUAAUUAUUGGAUUCCAUCUGGAUCUAUUGUUCAGCUAAUUCUUGGAGUGUCAAAAACAAACGUGAAGGUUGGUGACAUUGUUCAUUGGUAUUUGCAUUAAAAUGGGCGAUAUAAUCCAUACAGAAACAGAUAGAGUGCCAAGUCCUUGUAGACUGGAACACUUUAGUGAUAAACAUCCUAAAUACACUUUAGAAGCAUUACACUCUUUGCGAAAAAGGAGAGAAUUAUGUGAUGUCGUUUUAAUUGUGUCAAAAAGGAAAAUUUUAGCUCAUCGAGUUGUAUUAUCUGCAUGUAGUCCUUAUUUCCAUGCAAUGUUUACCGGCGAGCUCCAAGAAAGCCGUCAAGCUGAAGUUGAAAUCAAGGAUAUUGAUGAGCAUGCAAUGGAAUUAUUAGUAGAUUUUGCAUAUACUUCUCAUAUUGUAGUCGAAGAAGGUAACGUGCAAGUUUUACUGCCUGCUGCAUGUUUGCUUCAAAUGACAGAGAUCCAAGAAGUCUGUUGUGAAUUUUUAAAAAGGCAACUUGAUCCUAGUAACUGCCUCGGAAUCCGGGCUUUCGCUGAUACUCAUUCCUGUCAGAAACUCUUCCAUUAUGCUGAUAAAUUUACUCAAGAAAGAUUUCAAGAAGUCAUUGAAAGUGAAGAAUUUCUACUGCUUCCAGUUCACCAGUUGAUCGAUAUUAUCUCUAGUGAUGAGCUGAAUGUGCGUUUGGAAGAGCAAGUUUACAACGCAAUCAUGUCAUGGGUUAAAUAUAAUGUUGCUGAACGACGACAACACUUACGUCUGGUAUUAGAGCAUGUACGUUUAUCUCAAUUAACAGCUAAAUUUUUAGUUGGCACCGUUGGGUCAGAUAUUUUAAUCAAAAGUGAUGAUGUGUGCCGAGAUCUUGUUGAUGAAGCUAAAAAUUAUCUUUUGCUUCCAAAUGAGAGAGCUAUUAUGAUUGGAUCAAGAUUUAGACCACGUAAACCUAUUAGGAAGGGCGAAGUAUUAUUUGCAGUUGGAGGUUGGUGUAGUGGUGAUGCCAUUUCUAGUGUUGAAAGAUAUGAUCCUAAUACAAAUGAAUGGAGAAUGGUAGCUCCGAUGAGUAAACGCCGAUGUGGCGUCGGCGUCGGUGUUCUUAAUGAUCUUCUUUAUGCUGUUGGAGGUCAUGACGGGCAAUCUUAUCUCAAUUCAAUUGAAAGAUAUGAUCCUCAUACAAAUCAAUGGUCUACCGAUGUAGCCCCAACAGACUCCUGUCGUACUAGCGUUGGUGUAGCUGUUUUAAAUGAUUGUUUGUAUGCAGUUGGUGGACAAGAUGGAGUUUCUUGUCUGAAUUAUGUUGAAAAAUAUGACCCAAACACUAAUCGUUGGACUAAAGUUGCUCCGAUGAGCACUAAAAGACUUGGCGUUGCAGUUGCUGUUUUAAAUGGAUAUUUAUACGCUGUCGGUGGAUCUGAUGGAUCAUCACCUCUCAAUACAGUUGAAAGGUACGAUCCACAAUUUAAUAAAUGGUCAAUGGUUGCACCAAUGUGUACUAGAAGGAAGCACUUGGGCUGUGCUGUUUAUAAUAAUAUGAUUUAUGCUGUUGGAGGACGAGAUGAUACAAUGGAACUUAGUUCUGCCGAACGAUAUGACCCUCGAUCCAAUCAAUGGCAACCAAUUGUGGCCAUGACUUCUCGACGAUCUGGUGUGGGUUUAGCUGUUGUUAAUGGUUAUUUGUAUGCUGUUGGUGGUUUUGAUGGAAACACUUAUCUUAAAACAUUUGAAGUAUACGAUCCAGAUAAAAACCAAUGGAAUUUAAAAGGCUCUAUGAACUAUCGUAGGCUUGGAGGUGGAGUUGGAGUGAUUAAAAAUAUCCAUGAAAAUGGCCCUAUACCUCAGAUAAGUAAUGCAGAGAUUCAGUACUUUUGUAAAAACGACCAACCUACAGUACGAACCAACAGUAAACCUUGUCGAUAAAUUGGUGUUUAAAAGUAUUGGUUAAAUUAUUUAUUUGUUACUCCAAUGAGCUACCUGACGAAAAGUGGAAAAUCCGCUAGCCUCCAGCCGACCUGUUAGGGGCGGCCUCGGC